AUGUCGGAGGCUAGUGGUGCUCACAAUGCCAGCUCACUGUCCCAACAAUCACCGACUGAACAUCUCGUCCAUAUGGACCGAUCACGCCCGCCCCCUGCUAGGCGUCGAGACAAACCUCAACUGAGCUGUAAUGCCUGCCGCAGACGAAAAGUUCGCUGCGACCGUCUACAUCCGUGUAGUAAUUGUUCAAGCAGAGGAGUGGGCUCAUCUUGUGCAUACACUAUCCAACCUGCAGGACCUCGGGGACCAGAUCAUGUUCAGGAUCGAGUCAACCACCUAGAAAGCCUUGUCUUGGGGUUAAUGCAAGAGACUACCUCGAGCCAAAGGGUGCCAUCUACUCCAGCAAGGAGCACGGGUGGUUCUCCAGCAACCGAGUUGCCACUCGAAGACAAUCUACCAGAAGUGGCACCAUCUCCGUCUGAUUAUGGCAGCAUCAGAAUCCAGGAGUCAGGUGUUAGCUACGUUAGCAGCUCACACUGGGCAGCAGUACUUGAUAGUAUUGCAGAGCUAAGAGAUCAUCUCGAGCAAGAUGUUAAGCUGCGUGAGACAAUCACAUACGAUCCCAAUCCACACCUCUUUCCAAGCCCGCAGCUGUUAUAUAGUGGUGGAUGUGCGCAUGUCACCAUCAAGUCUAUUCUUGAGUCAAUACCACCACGACCCGUCGUGGAUAGGUUGAUUGCGCGUUACUUUAAUGAUUUGGAUAUGGCAUCAGGCGUACCUCACACUGGCAAAUUUCUCCGAGAGUACGAAGAAUUCUGGAAAUCACCCCACGAAACACCAGUCGUGUGGAUCGGCCUCCUUUUGAGCAUGAUGUGCCUCUCAACACAAGUCCAGGAUCUCUUUCUGGACACAGCAACCCCCAAACAACCAGCGAAAACCCCAAACAAAGCAAACAUAUUCCGCGAAAAGAUAACCCAAUGUCUUAUCCUAGGCCACUACACAGAAGGAGGACCCCACGUCCUCGAAACCUUAUCCCUCUACCUGAUGACCGAAAUCUUCCCCUCAAAAGACACUGCACCAGGUAUCCGCAUUCUAGUAAGCACAAUAAUAACAAUAGCAACCCAAAUGGGCUACCACCUCGACGCAAAACACUUCUCCAACAUCUCCGCAUUCACAGCUGAAAUGCGUCGCCGAACGUGGGCAUUAAUCGUGCAAAUGGAUUUCAACAUUUCCAUGCAGAUGGGACUAGCCCGGAUAAUCAAGUCGAGUCAAAGCGAUGUGGCCGAGCCAAGAAACCUACUCGAUUCAGAUUUCGAUGAGAGUUCUUCUGUUUUACCGCCCUCCAGACCCGAAUCUGAGAAUACGCCUACGUUGUAUACAUUGGCGAAGAUUCGAUUGGUUGCUGUUGGUGCGGAAGUUGCUGAUGCGGCGACAGAGCCGAGAAUUUGUUCUUAUAAACAUGUUUUGGAGGUUGAUGAGUUGAUUGAGGGAUAUCGGGUUGCGUUGCCGGCUAGUAUGAGGUGGCGUGGACUUGAAUCUUCUCUCUCUGUUCCGGCGCAGGUCAUUAUCAAGAGUAUUUGGCUUGAAGUAUGUAUUCAGCGACUGAAGAUUAUCCUGCACAAGAGGUUCUUCGUUGCAUCUCAGUCAAGGGAGCAACAGGGGAAGUAUCCUUAUUCCCACUCUACAUGCUUGAAAGCAGCCACAAACAUACUGGAGCUGCAACACUUGAUCGAUGAAGAGACUCAGCCGGAUGGACGACUAUAUCAGAUUCGGUGGAGGGUGAGUGCAUCAUUAAUCCAUGAUUUCCUGUUGGCUACUAGCUUGCUUUGCUUCUAUCUUCAAGAUCGCGCUACAGGAGAAACGGUGGAUCAUCCUGGUGCCGAUGAAAAUGGCCAUACUGGAAUUGGUCGGAUUGAGCACCUUUUGAGAUUAUCGCAGAUUAUUUGGUUGCGAGAAAGUGAUGCUUCUCAAGAAGUCCGGAAAGCAGUUUCCGCUUUGCAUUAUGUUCUUGGGGAUCCGGAUGAAAUAGGGCAUCACGGGCUGAUCAUGACCAGUCAAUGUCCUCCAGAGAUGAUGCCUGCCGAUUUCUUGAAUCUAGAUUUCUCCUUCGCCGAUGAAGAUAUACUUGGCCAGAAAUUCUCGCAAGUGGAUGACGAGGCUUGGGACGGCGAUUGGCAGAUGGAAAUAUGA